AUGUUUCCUCUGGAAAGUACAGCGGUCAUGAAGACCAUGAAGAUGCUGAGCGGUGUUCUGAUACUCUCCCUGGUGUUGGCUGAGACCACGUUGGGCGACAUUCAGAAGAGAGUGGUCGGGGGAAACACGUGCAGUCCCACUGAAAGGCGAUACCAUGUCCGUUUGACAGCUAAAAAUCCAACGAACGGAUUGGAAAAUGUCUGCGGCAGUUCUCUGAUCACCAACAAGUGGCUUCUAACCGCCGCUCGCUGUUGGCCUGCUGGACCAGAAUGGAAGAUGUAUGCAGAAGUAGGUGGACAUCCCGGCCCUGUGAAACCUCAAGUAGAAAUCAAACAGAAGAUGAUACAUAAAGAUAAGAAAGGAAGAACCCAUGACAUCAUGCUACUGCAGUUACCAACUCCUGUUCUGGGAGCUAUUCCAGGUCCUGGGGUUGAUCCAAUCCCUCUUGGUGAUUGUACACAAUUUUUGGCCAAACUUUGGGGGAAGACAUCUAAACCAGGAGAGUUCAAAACAGUUCAGAUUGCAGGCUAUGCUGCCACUGCACCUGCUGCACCUGACGCUGGGGUACCUGAUGCUGAGGACCCUGCUGCUGAAGCACCUGAUGCUGCCAACACCAAAGUCCUACAUUGUGCAGAGCUGGAUGUUAUGAAAUGUGACGCCUCCGUGGCAAAGUCCCAUCAAGACAUCUUCUGUGCACAACGUGCCGGAGUGGAAACCUGUAGAAGUGACUCUGGAGCAGGUGUGGUGUAUAAGAACCAGCUCUAUGGCGUCUUCGUCGCUGAGGACAAUGGUGAAGAAUGUUCUGCAGCAGCAAUCAUCAUGGAUGUCUGCAAGUACAAAGAUUGGAUAAAGAAGGUAAUUGGAAAAUAAAGAGGAAACUGACCGUUUUCAUUUGAUUAACAGCAAAAGCUGAUUAUUGUGUCCUAAUAAACCAUAAAAGAGA